GAGCUGUGCACUGGCAAAUCACGACUCUGCCAUUUCCUCAGUAUUCUUUUUUCUUUUUACUUCUUGCGCGCUCCUAUGAGGACUGCGAUAUUUCCGAUUUCACCUGAAGGCAGCAGCAGCAGCAGCAUGCAACUCCACCUGAGCGGUUCUGGAGGAGAGGAGCGAGGCGAAACCGGACCGUGGCCACCAUGCGUGAUGAUGGCUCCGAGGCUCUGAGCGGAUCGCGGCACAAGACGCAUCGGUGGGACCUGAGAGGAGCAAAGUGACGGAGCCGACGGAAGAUGCGCGCAGACGGCGUUGGCCAAAGAUCGCCCAGAUUUAUGUGAAAGGGAAGUUUGGAGCGGCGGCGAUCACCCAGCUGGUCUGGUGGUUCUGUGACGAUCACGGUACGAUAAUGGGGAAGCGCUUGGUUUCACUGCUCGUGCUGCUCCUGCAGCUGCUCUGUGGCUGCGCAGGGAACCCGAGGAUGGUGAGGGCUGCCCCCGUGCAAUUCACCCACUCCGUUUACAACGCCACCAUAUACGAGAACUCUGCUGCUAAGACCUACUUGGAGAGUCACGCCAAGAUGGGGAUCUUCAUCGCGGACCCGGCCUGGGAGAUACGGUACAAAAUCAUCUCUGGAGACAAUGAGAACUUAUUCAAGGCCGAGGACUACCUGCUGGGAGAUUUCAGUUUUUUGCGAAUAAGGACCAAAGGAGGCAGCACUGCCAUCCUGAACAGGGAGGUUAAAGACCACUACAUGCUGACCGUUAAAGCCUCAGAGAGGAGCACCAAUCUGGAGUGUCGCACCAGCGUCAAGGUGCAGGUACUGGACACCAACGAUCUGAGGCCCCUCUUCUCACCGACAUCCUACAGCAUCUCUCUGCCGGAGAACACGGCCAUACGCACGAGUGUGGCCAAGGUCACGGCGACCGACGCCGACAUCGGUACGAAUGGAGAAUACUACUAUAGCUUCCGAGUGUGGACGGACAUGUUUGCGGUUCACCCAACGAGUGGCGUGGUGACGCUCACCGGCAAGCUAGACCACUCUGAGACCAAGCUGUACGAGUUGGAGAUCCUCGCAGUGGACAGGGGGAUGAAGCUGUACGGCAGCAGUGGCUUCAGCAGCAUGGCCAAGCUGACGGUGAGGGUGGAGCAGGCCAAUGAGCAUGCACCUGUAAUCACUGCGGUGACUCUGGCCCCCUCUGAUACAGACCGCGACCCAACCUAUGCCAUUGUCACUGUGGAGGACAAUGACCAGGGACCAAAUGGAGAGAUCGCAUCAUUGAGUAUUGUUGCUGGUGAUCCCCUUCAGCAGUUCAAGGCUGUGAGGAGCAGCCCCGGGAGCAAAGAGUACAAAAUAAAAGCAGUCAAAGACGUUGAUUGGGACAGCCAGCCGUUUGGAUACAAUCUAACUUUACAGGCAAAGGACAAAGGCAGCCCCCCUCAAUUUUCAUCUGCCAAACUGGUGCACGUCACUUCUGCACAGUUCAAAGUGGGUCCUCCCGUAUUUGAGAUGGCACUUUACCGAGUCAAUCUGAGCGAGUUUGCCCCUCUCCGUACACCUGUCACUAUGGUAACAGCCGUGCCAAAGUAUCCACAGCUAAAGUAUGCUUUUAGACACAAAUCUGACAAGAGCAGGUUCACUAUCAAUCCAGAUACCGGCUUGAUCAGCACAGCUGGACCGAUCAAUGCUGACGUUGCCGCCCAGUUUGAGCUAGAAGUGAUCACCAGUGACAAAAAAGCGGCCACAAAAGUGAUCGUGGACGUGAUUGAUGUCAACAACAACUCGCCUGAGUUUCAGCAGACGUCAUACGAUGCCAUUGUGGAUGAGAAUUUACCCACAGGGACCAGUGUGGUAACUGUUAAAGCCACUGAUCUAGACAAAGGCGAGAACGGCUAUGUGACCUACAGCAUCACCAAUCCGAGCCCUCAACCAUUCGUCAUCGACUACUUCUCUGGUGUCAUCAGCACCUCGGAGGUCCUCGAUUAUGAGCUCAUGCCCCGGAUUUACAAUCUCAAAGUCAGGGCGUCAGAUUGGGGAUCCCCUUUCCGGAGAGAGGUGGAGGCAUCAGUCAAAAUCACAUUGAAUAACAUGAAUGACAAUAAGCCCCUGUUUGAAAACGUAGACUGUGAAGUGACCGUGCCGAGAGACCACGGCGUGGGAGAGCAGAUAACAACGGCGUCGGCCAUCGACGCCGAUGAGCUGCAGCUUGUACGGUACAAAAUUAAAGCCGGUAAUGAUCUUGAUCUGUUCGAACUGAACCCAAGCUCCGGCAUGCUUUCACUGAAGCAGACGCUGAGCGAGGGCGAGGCAGCUAAAGUGUCCUUCCACAGUUUACAAAUCAUCGCAACGGACGGCGAACACGACACCCUGCCAAUGUUCAUGAACAUAACUGUGAUCACCGCACGCAAGCCCGUCCAGUUGAAGUGCGUGGAGACUGGUGUCGCCACCAUGUUGGCUGAAAAGCUCCUGCAGGGCAGCAAAGUCCACAUGCAAACCGAGCCGGAUGAUAACUUCAUGGACGUUCACUCGGUCAAUCGGUACACUCCUCAGUUUGCAGACUUGUUCCCCAGUGCUAUUGAUGUUAAAGAAGAUCUCCCUGUCGGGGCCCGGAUUGUCCAUUUAAGUGCCACAGAUUCAGAUAGCGGCUUCAACGGCAAAUUGGUUUAUGUGAUCUCAGGAGGAGACACAGAGAGCCGCUUCAUAGUAGAUAUGGAAACUGGGUGGCUGUUGGUGUAUUCUCCUCUCGACAGGGAAACAACAGACCAUUAUACCCUCAACAUUACAGUGUACGACCUCGGCAUACCACAGAAGUCCACGUCACGCCUCUUGGAUGUUAAGAUCCUCGACGCCAACGACAAUAGCCCUCAGUUUUUGCAAGAUUCCUAUUCCGUCGAAAUAAGCGAGAGCACACCUGUCGGGACAGAAAUUAUCCAGGUGGAUUCGACAGACAAGGAUCAAGAAGUUAACGGAGUUGUCAAGUAUUCAAUCGUGGGAGGCACAGAUCAAUUUGCCAUUAACGAAGACACCGGCGUGGUGACUGUGACGAAGCCGCUGGACCGGGAGCUCCGUCCAGUUUUUACCUUGAAGAUCGCGGCGCGUGACCAGGCGGCGAAUGAGCCGCAGCUAGUGUCUACUGUGCCACUAAAGAUCACCUUGGAAGAUGUGAAUGAUAAUCCACCUAAAUUUGUCCCCCCUAAUUACCACGUGAAGGUGAGGGAAGACCUUCCCAUCGGUACUAUAAUUAUGUGGCUGGAGGCUCAUGACCCCGACGUUGGACCUUCCAGCCAGGUACGGUACAGCCUUAUCGAUAACGGAGACGGGAAUUUUGACGUGGACAAACUCAGCGGCGCUGUGCGGAUUGUUCAAAGCCUAGAUUACGAGACAAAACAGGUGUACAACCUGACGGCCAAGGCCAAAGACAAAGGGAAGCCCAUAUCCUUGUCAUCAACCUGCUUCAUUGAGGUGGACGUGGUGGACGUGAACGAGAAUCUGUACAGGCCUUUCUUCCGGUCUUUUGUGGAAAAGGGAUUUAUAAAAGAGGAUGCGCUGGUCGGCACUUCGGUGAUGACCGUGAGGGCCGAGGAUGAAGACGGGGGACGAGACGGAGAGAUCCGAUACUCCAUACGAGACGGCUCUGGCCUGGGGAUAUUUACCAUCGAUGAGGAAACUGGUGUUAUCCGGACACAGGAGCUGCUGGACCACGAGACGACGCCCCACUACUGGCUCACCGUCUACGCCAUGGACCGCGGCGUGGCGCCGCUGUCCGCCUUCGUGGAGGUCUACGUCCAGGUGCAGGACGUCAACGACAACGCGCCGCAGACCUCGGAGCCCGUCUACUACCCGUCCGUCAUGGAGAGCUCCCCCAAAGACGUGUCCAUCAUCAAGAUCAGCGCCGUCGACCCGGACGACAAGGCCGGCGACAAGCUCACCUACAGGAUCACGAGCGGCAACCCCCAGGGCUUCUUCGCCAUUAACACCAAGACGGGUCUGGUUACAACUACGUCAAGGAAACUGGACCGAGAACAGCAGGACGAGCACAUUCUUGAGGUCACCAUCACCGACCACGGCGUUCCCGCCAAAUCCACCACCGUGCGCGUCAUCGUCCAGGUCCUCGACGAGAACGACAACCGCCCGCUGUUCCUGGAGAAGAUCUACAAGAUCCGGCUUCCCGAGCGGGAGAGGCCCGAGAAGGAGCGGGCCAUGAGGAGGGACCCGGUCUACCGGGUCAUCGCGUCGGACCGCGACGACGGGCCCAACGCCGAGAUCUCCUACAGCAUCGAGGAGGGAGACGAACAUGGCAAGUUCUUCAUCGAGCCCAAGACCGGCGUGGUGUCGUCCAAGAAGUUCUCCUCUGCGGGAGAAUACGACAUUCUUACAAUUAAAGCCGUCGAUAACGGACGUCCUCAGAAAUCCUCCACUUGUCGCCUGCACAUCGAGUGGAUUCCCAAACCGGAGGUGCCGGCCGACGCGGCCCCCCUGCUCUUCGAGGAGUCCCCCUUCACCUUCUCGGUGAUGGAAAGCGACCCCGUGGCGCACAUGGUGGGCGUCGUCGCCACAGAGUCCUCGGAUGUUCCCGUGUGGUUCGAAAUCACAGACGGCAUAGAGGAUACUGAGAUGUUUUACAUCCUUCAGAUGGCUUGUGACCACAACUGUACAGCAGAAGGUGGUAAUUAUGACAGCCGCUUUGACGUGGGCAAGGCCAGCGGCACCCUGAUUGUGGCGCGGCCCCUGGACGCCGAGCAGAAAUCAAAUUACAACCUGACGGUGGAAGCCACGGACGGGACACGAACUGUCAGCACUCAGGUGCUCAUCCGCGUCAUCGACACCAACAACCACCGGCCGCAGUUCACCCAGCAGAUGUACGUGGUGAACGUCCCCGAAGACAAACCGGCGGGGAGCGAGGUCAUGCAGAUCAGCGCCGCGGACAGAGACGAGAAGAACAAGCUGACCUUCACGCUGCUGAGCAGCACCGAUCCAGUGAGCCUGAGGAAGUUCCGACUGGACCCGGGAUCGGGGACCCUCUACACCGCAGAGCGACUGGACCACGAGACGAUGCAUUAUCACAUCCUCACUGUCAUGGUCCGAGACCAGGACAUCCCAGUGAAGAGGAACCUGGUGCGUGUCAUUGUCAAUGUGGAUGACUCCAACGACAACGCGCCCUGGUUUAUUGGAACACCGUACUCGGGCCGCGUGUUUGAAUCGGCCGCCGUGGGCUCGGCCGUGCUUCAGGUCACGGCUAUCGACAAAGACAAGGGCCACAACGCGGAGAUCGUCUACAGCAUCGAAUCAGGAAAUGUUGCAAACUCAUUCGCCAUCGACCCUGUUCUGGGGACGGUCACCGUGGCCAAGGAGCUCGACCGGCGCAGCAAAAACCAGUUUGAACUCACCGUCAAGGCGUCCGAUAACGGAGCACCUCCACUGUCGACUACAGCCACCGUACACAUCGUGGUGACAGUUUCUGACAACGCCGCUCCCAGAUUCACCGAAAAGGAGUUCUCCGCAGAAGUCAGCGAAUCCGCCCACCCGGGAAGUUUUGUGAGCUUGGUCACGGCCGUCAGCCAGUCGUCUGUCUUCUAUCAAAUAAAAGGCGGCAACAUCGGCGACGCAUUUGACAUCAAUCCAAACUCUGGGGUGGUUGUGACCCAGGGAGCUCUAGAUUACGAGACCACCUCUCAGUACAGGCUCAUCGUACAGGGCACCAACAUGGCUGGAGUUGGCAGCAACGCGACGCUUCAGAUUCACUUGAAGGACGAAAAUGACAACGCUCCCAUCUUCCUCCAGAGGGAGUUCAAAGGUUUAAUCAGCGAGUCCGCUCCCGUCAACAGCGUCGUUCUCACCCAUGAAAACACUCCCUUCGUCAUCCGCGCCUCUGACGCUGAUGGCGACCAGAAUGCCAUGCUCAUCUAUGAAAUCGUCGAACCCUUUGCGCACAACUAUUUUGCAAUUGACUCGAGCACCGGCGCCAUCAGGAUCACGGCAGCUUUGGAUUAUGAACAGAAGAGUGUUUUCCGCUUCACAGUGCAGGUCCAUGAUCUAGGAAUGCCACGCCUGUUUGCUGAGACAGCAGCCAACGUGACCGUUGAAGUAAUUGAUGUUAAUGACUGUUCGCCAGUUUUUAGUCAAGAGCUGUAUGAGACUACUGUCAUAGUGCCGACAUACAAAGGGGUGGAAGUCAUUAAAAUCAACGCUUCAGACUCCGACUCUGGGCCGAACUCCAAACUCCUCUUCUCCAUCUCUGAGGGUAAUAUUGGUGAUAAAUUUAAGAUCGAUCCGACCACGGGCACAAUCUCCAUUCAGAAUGUCACGCAGUUGAGGAGCCGAUAUGAAUUAAAGGUCAGGGUGUCGGAUGGUAGAUUUGCCGCCGUCACUGCAGUGAAGAUAAAUGUGAAAGAAAACAAGGAGAGCAAGCUGAAGUUCACCAGGGACUCCUACAGGGCCUACGUUCAAGAGAACUCGCCUGAGAGGAAAUCACUAGCGGUCAUCGCCGUCGUCGGGAACCAGCUGAACGAGCCUUUGUUCUUCAAGAUUUUAAACCCCGACAGCAGGUUCGAAAUCAGCCGCACAUCCGGAGUCAUCUCAACCACUGGGAUUCCGUUUGAUCGCGAGGCACAGGACACGUUUAAUAUCAUCGUCGAGGUCACCAGAGAGGACAAAUCUGAGGACGCGGCCCACGUUGUGGUGACCGUGACGGUGGAGGACGUGAAUGACAACAAACCUAUGUUCGUGAACCUUCCCUACCACGCCCUGGUUCAGAUGGACGCAGAGGUAGGCCAGGUCAUCCGACAGGUCACGGCAGUGGACAAGGACGUGGGCGCGAAUGCGGAAAUCAGUUACUACCUGAAGGAGCAUCAGGGGCACUUUCAAAUCAGCCCCUCGGGGGAGAUUUCCCUCAAAAGCAAAUUCGACAGGGAGUCACUCAACAAAGACUUCGUCAUCGCCGUCAUGGCGAAAGAUAACGGAGGGACGGCGCUCUCGGCCGAAGUAGACGUGCCGAUAACGGUGGUGAACAAAGCGAUGCCUAUAUUUGAGAAGCCCUUUUACAGCAUUGAGAUCCCCGAAAACAUUCCGUUACACACGCCCGUGCUCCACGUGCAGGCCAAUGAUUCAGAGAGCCCUCGUAUUGUGUACACCAUCUCCGAAGGAGAUCCUUUCAAACAGUUCUCCAUUGAUUUCAACACAGGUGUUAUUCAUGUGAUUCAGCCUUUGGACUUUGAGACACAUCCUGCUUAUAAGUUAAAUGUGAGAGCCACUGACUCUCUGACCGGAGCACAGUCGGACGUGUUUGUCGACGUCAUACUGGAGGACGUGAACGACAAUGCCCCCGUGUUCCUCUCAAAGGCCUACUAUGCCAAUAUUUCCGAGGCCUCCGUCAUCGGCACAUCGGUUUUGCAAGUCGACGCCAAAGAUGCCGAUACUGGGAACAACCGGGAAGUGUUCUUCCUGCUGGUCGAGGAAAAGGGGAAGAGCUCAGAGUUGUUCACCGUCGAUCGUGACACGGGAAUAAUCUCCGUCGCUCAAAUACUUGAUCACGAGGAGAUCCGGCAGCACAAGUUGAGAGUCCGCGUGGUGGACGGAGGCGUUCCAGCCCUUUCCAGCGACGUCACCGCGACGAUAGAUGUCACUGACCUCAAUGACAACGCUCCGGCAUUUACAGAGCACGCGUACAAAACUGCGAUCAGCGAAUUGGCCCCGCGGGGACACUUCAUCGCCCAGGUCCAGGCAUCGGACGCCGACAGUUCAGACGCAAAUAAUUUGGAAUUCUCGAUUAUAUCUGGAAACGAAGAGCAGAACUUCGCCAUUGACAAGCACACGGGCACCGUCAUCAUUUCCAACCACCGCAGGCCACACAUGCAGCCUCUCUACAAACUCAACGUGUCCGUGUCCGACGGCGUGUUCAGAAGCUCAUGCCUCGUCGUGGUCACAAUUAUCGGCGCCAACUUAAACAACCCCACCUUCCCCCAGGUGGACUACGUGGUAGAGCUUGUUGAAAACUCACCGGCUGGCACGUUGGUCGCAGAGGCGAAGGCGACUGACGACGACGAAGGCAUCUAUGGGCUGAUAACAUACCAGAUUGUCAACGACGUCGCAAAAGACAAGUUCUCUGUCAACGACAAUGGCGAAAUUUUCACCCUGGAGAGCCUCGAUCGCGAGAACGCCGUGGAGAAGGUUAUUCCCAUUUCUCUCAUUGCUAAAGACGGCGGCGGAAAAGUUGGUUUUUGCAUCGUCAAUGUCAUUCUCACGGACGUCAAUGACAAUGCCCCCCAAUUCAGAGCAGCUGAGUACAAAGCCACCAUUGCGUCGGAUGUCCCGAGGGGAACCUCUGUGGUUAAAAUCGCUGCCUCAGACAUGGAUGAGGGAAGCAAUGCUGACAUUCAGUAUUCAAUCGAGGCAGAUGUCGAAAACGUGGAGGAGAACUUUGAAAUCCACCCGACCUCCGGGGUCAUUGUCACCAAAGAGAGUCUCAUUGGGCUCGAAAGUGAAUUCUAUGCGUUCUUUGUGAGGGCAAAGGACACGGGGAAUCCCUCCAAACACUCAGUGGUGCAGGUUUACAUCAGGAUUGUCGCGCCGGAGACCCCGAUUCCCAAAUUCGCCGAGCCGCAUUACCGUUACACCAUUGCCGAAGACCUUCCCAUUGGCACAGAAAUAGAUGUGAUUCAGGCAGAGGGUGAGCAACCGGUCGUCUACAGCCUCUUGAAGGGAAACACUCCCGAGAGCAACGGAGACGAGGUGUUUGUUGUGGACAGAGACAGCGGCGCCUUGAAACUUCAGAAGAGCCUCGACCACGAGACCACCAAGUGGUACCAGCUCACGUUGCUCGCCCAGACCAGACACGAGACCUACGAGAUCGUCGCGUCCGUGACCAUAAACAUCCAAGUGAAGGACCUGAACGACAACAAGCCCGCCUUCGAGUCGGACCCGUACGAGGCCGUCGUCGUGGAAAACCUUCCGAGCGGGACUCGAGUCAUCCAGGUCAAAGCCACCGACCAAGACUCUGGAACCAACGGCCACGUCGUGUACAGCCUCGACCCCAAGCAGAACUCGCAGGAGAUCCCCGAGCUGUUUGCCGUCAACGGUGAAACCGGAUGGGUGACCACCUUGAAAGAGCUGGACCGCGAGGACACGAACAAGUACACGGUCGCCGUCCUGGCCACGGACCAGGGGGACAAGGUCCAACACACCACCGGCGCCAGCGUGGAGGUGACGGUCGCCGACGUGAACGACAACGCGCCCCGCUUCACCGCGGAGAUCUACAAAGGCACCGUGAGCGAAGAUGACCCCCCCAGCGGGGUGAUUGCCAUCCUCAGCACCACGGAUGACGAUUCCGAGGACAUCAAUAAACACGUGAACUACUUCAUCACAGGAGGGGACCCACUUGGCCAAUUUUCCAUCGAGCACGCUCAGAACGAGUGGAAGGUCGCCGUCCGGAAGCCCCUGGACCGCGAAGAGAGGGACAAUUAUCUCCUCGACAUCACUGCCAGUGACGGCGUCUUCACCGCCAAAGCCGUCGUGGAGGUCAAGGUGCUGGAUGCCAACGACAACAGCCCCGCGUGCGAAAAGUCUCUGUACAGCGAGAGCGUCCCGGAGGACUCGGCCGCUGGCAGGCUCAUCUUGCAGGUUUCUGCCACCGACGCAGACAUCCGCUCCAACGCCCAGAUCUCGUACGAGCUCCAGGGAGACGGGUCGGAAUUGUUCGCCGUCGACUCCGACACAGGGGAGCUGAAGACGUCGCGGCCCCUGGACCGAGAGGAGCGAGACGAGCACCGGUUCAAAGUGCGGGCGGUCGACGGAGGCGGGCGGUACUGUGAGGCCGACGUCCACAUCGCCGUGGAGGACGUCAACGACAACCCGCCGCAGUUCUCGGCCGACCCCUACGCCGUCACGGUGUUCGAGAACACAGAGGCGGGCACGUACGUGGCGAAACUGCAGGCGAGCGAUAUCGACACCGGUCUCAAUAGCGACAUCCACUACUCACUGGUCGAUUCCGCCGACGGUUACUUCUCCAUCGACGAGAGCUCGGGCGUGAUCAUCCUGGAGCGUCCCCUGGACCGCGAGGUGCAGCUGGUGCACGAGCUGCGGGCCCGCGCCAGCGACCAGGGCUCGCCGCGCCUCUCGUCGCUGUGCCACGUGGUGAUCUCCGUCCUGGACAUCAACGACAACCCGCCGGUGUUCGAGCACCGCGAGUACACGGCCACCGUGUCCGAGGACGUGGCCGCGGGCACGCAGGUGCUCCGGGUGCAGGCGGCCAGCCGCGACGCGGAGGCCACCGGGGAGAUCUCCUACGGCAUCAUCAGCGGAAACGAGCACGGCAUGUUCAGCGUGGACCCGCAUACUGGCGACGUCUUUGUGAUCGAGCCGCUCGACUACGAGGUCUCCCACGAAUACUACAUCACCAUCGAGGCCACAGACGGCGGCUCGCCGCCGCUCAGCGACAUGGCCACCGUGAACAUUAACCUGACCGACGUCAACGACAACCGGCCCGUCUUCAGCCAGGACGUCUACACGGCCGUCGUCAGCGAGGACACGGAGCUGGGGAAGACCGUGAUGGCGGUGAUGGCCGAGGACCUCGACGGACCCUCCUACGACCACGUGCGGUUCUCCAUCGUGGAGGGAAACCAAGGCAGCCCCUUCACCAUCGACCCGCUCCGGGGAGAGCUCAGAGUCGCUCGCCAGCUGGACCGAGAGCGAACUUCAGGGUACACUCUGACGGUGGUGGCCUCAGACAACGGGGCGCUCCCUCUUUCCAGCAGCGCCAUGAUCAACAUCGACAUCUCGGACGUCAACGACAACCCGCCCCUUUUCUCCCAGGCCAACUACAGCCUCAUCAUCCAGGAGCACCGGCCGAAAGGCACGAGUGUGCUUCAGCUCACCGUAACCGACCGCGACGCGUCCCACAACGGCCCGCCCUUCACCUUCGCCAUCGUGGACGGGAACGAGGGCGACGCGUUCCACAUCGAUCAGCAGGGAGCUCUGGUCGCUGCGGGGGCGCUGAGCAGGAAGAGUAAAGAACACUACCUACUUCAAGCACAGGUGUCGGACAGCGGCAAACCGCCGCUCCUUUCCACCGCCUUCGUCAGCGUUCGCAUUAUCGAGGAGAGCGUUUACCCUCCUGCCAUUCUUCCCCUGGACAUUUUCAUCUCCACCGCCGGCGACGAAUACGCCGGAGGCGUCCUGGGCAAGAUCCACGCCACGGACCAGGACGUCUACGACACGCUCACCUACAGCCUCGCCCCCUCCUCGCCUCCCGCCGCCGCCGCCUCCGCGGACGAGGGCGGCGCCCUGUUCUCGGUCUCCGCCUCCGACGGCAAAGUGAUCGCCCUGCGGCCGCUCGACGUGGGCCACUACCCCCUCAACGUGACGGUGACCGACGGGCGCUUCACCACGGCCGCUGACGUCACCGUGCACGUCCGGCAGGCGGCCCGCCAGGCGCUGGACAACUCCGUCGCCGUGCGCUUCGCCAACAUCGCCCCCGAGGAGUUCAUCGGGGACUACUGGCGCAACUUCCAGCGGGCGCUGCGGAACAUCGCCGGGGUGAGGAGGAGCGAGGUGCAGCUGGUGAGCCUGCAGCCCUCGGAGCAAGGCGACCUGGAUGUGCUGCUGACGCUGGAGAGGUCUGGCAGCCCCUAUCAGUCUCAGGAGGUCGUCUUCCGCAAGCUGAACUCCUCCGCCGCCGUCAUCGAGGAGAUGACGGGCGUCCGGAUCGUCCGGGUGGUGCAGAAGCUGUGCGCCGGGCUGGACUGCCCGCUGCCCUUCUGCGACGAGCUCGUCUCCCUGGACAGGGCGGCCAUGUCCACCUACAGCACGGCGCGCCUCAGCUUCGUCACGCCGCGGCACCAGAGGACCGCGACCUGCCAGUGUGACGGCGGCAGCUGUCCUGUGCUGAACAACCUGUGCGAGAACAGCCCCUGCCCCGAGGGCAUGGAGUGUGUGGCCGACCCCAGAGCCACCGUGUACAGCUGUGUGUGUCCGGAAGGCAAAAAGGGCAAAUGCUCCGAUGGCCACUCACUGACGUUCAGCGGCAGCGGCUACGUGAAAUACCAUCUGAUGGAGAACGAGAACAAGGAGCUGAUGAAACUGUCCCUGAGGCUCCGGACCUUCUCCAGCCACGCCACCGUCAUGUACGCCAAAGGGACGGACUACAGCAUCCUGGAGAUCGUGAACGGCCGCCUGCAGUACAAGUUCGACUGCGGCAGCGGCCCCGGCCUGGUGUCGGUCCACAGCGCGCAGGUCAACGACGGCGAGUGGCACACCGUCUCGCUGGAGGUGGACGGCAACUACGCCAAGCUGGUGCUGGACCGGGUGCACGCCGCCUCGGGCACGGCGCCGGGCACCCUGCGCACCCUCAACCUCGACAACAGCAUCUACUUCGGCGGCCACGUGCGGCAGCUCGCCUCCUCGUCCUCCUCCUCCUCCUCCCGCCACGGACGCAGCCUGCCCGUCACCAACGGGCUCCGCGGCUGCAUGGAGGCCAUGGCCCUCAACGGCCAGGAGCUGCCGCUCAACACCAAAGCCCACCGGGCCCACGCCGUGCUGGAGGACAUCGUGGACGUGGCGCCGGGCUGCGCACUCGCGCCCGCCGAGAGUUGCUCCAGCAACCCCUGCACCAACGGCGGGAGCUGCAUCUCGCUGCCUAACGGAGGCUACUUCUGCAAGUGCGCUGCCUCUUUCGUGGGCACCCACUGUGAGAUCGGCAUGAGCCCCUGUGCCUCCAACCCCUGCCUGUACGGAGGCACCUGCGUCCCCCGGGCCGGCGACUUCUACUGCCAGUGCCGAGGGCAGUACUCAGGACAGAGGUGCCAGUUGGGGCCGUACUGCAGAGACAACCCCUGUAAGAACAGUGGGAAGUGUAUCGACAGUCUGGAUGGUCCCGUGUGCGAGUGCGACGCAGGUUUCCAGGGGGACAGGUGUCUGAGCGACGUCGACGAGUGCAUCAAGAACCCCUGCGCCAACAGCGGCCUCUGCCAGAACACGUACGGCUCCUACAAGUGCAACUGCUCGCUGGGCUUCAGCGGGCCGACGUGCGAGCUGCGCGCCGAGGUGCGCAACGAGUUCGUCUCCACCUCGUGGAACAUCGGCCUGGAGGAGGUGAUCGGCAUCGUGGUGUUUGUCUCCAGCAUCUUCAUCCUGGUCCUCCUCUUCAUCAUCGUCCGCAAGAGGGCGUGCCGCCGCAGGUCGAAGGGCGGCGGCGGCGACGACAAGCGCCUCGGGGGCUCCGGCGUGCCCCACUCCUUCCUGCAGAGGCCGUACUUUGACGCCAAGCUCAACAAGAACAUCUACUCCGACAUCCCGCCCCAGGUGCCCGUGCGGCCCAUCUCCUACACGCCCAGCAUUCCGAGCGACUCGCGCAACAACCUGGACAGGAACUCGUUCGAGGGCUCGGCCAUCCCGGAGCACCCGGAGUUCAGCACCUUCAACCCCGACUCUGUGCACGGCCACCGCAAGACCGUGGCCGUCUGCAGCGUGGCGCCCAAUCUCCCCCCGCCCCCGCCCUCCAACUCGGUCUCCGACAGCGACUCCAUCCAGAAGCCCAACUGGGAUUAUGACUACGACACCAAAGUGGUGGACCUGGAUCCCUGCCUGACCAAGAAGCCCGUGGAGGAGAGCGCGUGUCACCCCUACAACACCAGGGGCAGCAUGUCCGAGGUCCAGUCCCUCAGCUCCUUCCAGUCCGAGUCCUGCGACGACAACGCCUCCGUAGUGACAGUGAUCCACCAUGUCAACUCUGCCGUUGACACGGUGGGAGGAGAAGAGUCUUUUCUGGCUCAUGAUCUCAAGAACCCAAGAGGAUACCACUGGGACACGUCUGAUUGGAUGCCAAGUGUUCAACUUCCUGGAAUCCAGGAGUUUCCACAGUAUGAGGUUGUGGAGGCGCCCGCCCCUCUGUACAGCGACCAGAGUGCCAUCGACACCGACUACUAUCCCGGCGGCUUCGACAUUGAGAGCGACUUCCCCCCGCCGCCGGAGGACUUCCACGCCAACGACGACCUGCCGCCGCCGCCCCUGCCGGAGUUCGCCGACCGCUGCGACACGCUGCGGCCCCCGGGCAGAGACUUGGACCCGUCUGGCACAGGCGGCUCGGGCGGGGUCCGCCAGCGCCCGGCCAUGCCCCAGCUCUACAGCCUCAACCAGUACCUGCCGCAGCACUCCUACCCGGGCGACGGGGGCGACGCCGAGGGCCAGGGGGCCACCUCCACCUCGGCCAACACCACGCCUGCCUCCACCUUGGGCACCGGCGGCUACCGAGGCGGCUACGCUCUGGGCUGCGGUCUGGACUUUGACUCGUCGGCUCUGGACAACAUGUCCCUGUCCCUGUACACGUCCACAGCCUCCUGCUCGGACAUGUCGGCGUGCUGCGAGGAGUCCGAGGCGAUGAUCAGCGACUACGAAAGCGGCGACGAGGGCCACUUUGAGCGGCUGGCCAUCCCGGCGCUGGACUCCCAACAGCACACUGAAGUCUGACACUGGAUCCAAACAAAAGUGCCUGAACCCACAGCUUACACCUAAUGUCAGCCCCCCCCCCCCUCACACACACACACACACACACACACACACCACCCACACACUGACUUCACACAACACACACACACACGUAUGCACACACACAGUGAAUUGAGUGACAACACAGUGCGUCGUUGAGAUUGGCCGCCAGUCGGCUGAGAAAACCCGGAGAAGCUGCAGAAGAAACUCUGCAGCGUCUUUUCGCGUCUUGCUCAGCCCGACCAUUCCCCCCCCCCCCCCCACCCCCUCUUUGUCCGGCGGUGCUUUCGCUUUAAGUAGCCGUCAUCUCACACAGGAAGUCGAUCGUCCGAAGAAUCAACACAUUUCAAUGUACAACAGGAAAAAAAAAAAUCAUCAUGAAAAAAGAGAAAAAAAGAAAAGAAUAUUUCACCGCAAAAUCUUUCUGUUUCCAUAAAUAAAACCAAGCAAGAUGUUUUUUAUACAAGUCCUCAUAUUCAAUGUAAAUUUCAGUGUACAGUUUUGAUUUCAAAGUUUACUAGGUUUUGUAGAUAUUCUAUGCUUUUAUUUUCGAGAAAAAACAAAAGAAGAGUUAAAUGGUGUGACAUUAUCAGCCUUACUGUGCUUAACAUUCACUAGAAGAGAAAAAAGAAAUGUUGGAAAAAAAGAGAGAGAAGAGCGUGGCUUUCCCCCGCACGCGGUGUACCCGUCAAGUGUAUCAUCUCCUGCUCAUUUCAAAAAAAGGGUCUUCAGUGAACGACUGCAUAUUCUCGUGUUGUUGUUGUUGAUGUUGUUUUUAUUUUUCAUGUUUGUUUGUACAUUUUGACUUCGGAACCUUCUUUAUUUUUCCACCAAGAAAACGGGACCCAAUAUAUUUAUAGUUGCAGACUUAUCCAUGGACACGUGACUUUUUCAGGUGUCCGUGUGUGUGUGAGCAAACGCUAUGGUCUUGUUAAGGUUUUUAUUGAAUACUGCCACGAGCUCACGCUUUCCUACUGGCAAUAAAUUAUUCCUAAAAAAAAAAUA